AGCAAAUUAAUAACCUUCCAAUUCAAAUCCACCUCCCAUUCUAUCUGUCGUUAUAAAACAAUUGGCAAUCUUCUCAAUUAUUAUUAUUAUUAUUAUUCUUAUUAUCAUUAUCAUUUAAAAAAAAAAUCUAUCGAAUUAGAAGUAUUUACGAGUCGUUGGUCACAUACCAGUUUCUACCGCAGUGAAAGCGACAUGGUUGGUUGUGCAUUCCAAUUAGAGAACAAGAGCAUCAUCAGAGCAGAUGAAGAAGUGGAGCAGGAGGAGGGAGAGGAGGAGGGGGAGGAGGAGUCGUCCGAAAUCGAACUCGGCAAGAGGAUCGAGAAAUUGCGGUGGGUGGAGCUGCUUCUGGUCGGCGAGUUCUUCGGGUCGUGCGAGCAGCACAAAGAGGACAGGAAGAGCGAGGAGAACAUCUUCUGCGUGGACUGCGGCAGCCGGAUGUGCCCGCACUGCCUCGCCGGCAGACACAGUGACCACCGCCUCCUCCAGAUCCGCCGCUACGUCUACCAGGACGUCGUUCGCGUCCACGACAUGGCAAAUCUGCUGGAUUGCUCCAAAGUCCAGCCUUACGUUGUGAACAGUGCCAAAGUUGUGCUGCUAAAGCCGCGGAGGCAAUCCAAGCCAUUGAAAACGAACACCAGUGGCCCCGCAUGCAAAAUCUGCCGUCGGUCCAUCUCCGAUUCCCACUGCUACUGCUCCAUCACUUGCUUGGUUUCCGACGUGGACAGCCCUGUACUGACGGUCAAGGAGCCCACCGUCUGCUGCCAAUCCGAGCCGCUGCUUGCAGAUCGGCCGGCCAGUAGUGAGGAGCAGCCGUCCCCAUCUCCCGCUGCGUCGCCUCCGCCGUUCGAUGAAGGCCAGGAGGACGCUGGCCGUUCGAUUCCAGAACCCUCGGUUCGCAAAGUUCACAGGAGGAAAGGAUUCCCUCGCAGAGCUCCCUUUUGAAAUCGAAGAAUGGUGGAAUAUUUCUUGUAUUUAUUUUCCCUACUAAAUAAAACAAUGAACAAUCGUAUAUUCGUAUA